UACCACAUGUCGGAGUAAAUAAAAAUCUAAUUCAGCUAACGUUGACGUUAAGCAGUAAGAGUGAUAAACUGAAGUGUGCGAGUUUUGAUUUGAAUUAACUUGUCUGAUCAAACAGGCAGUGUUUGCGACAUCAGGCAUUAGUAACGUUAACGUUUAAGCUGACCAAUUGCCCAACUUUAUGUAGCUGAAGUUAUUUGUUUGCUUACGUUAACGGACGUUAGCUAGCUAGUUAUUUCACGUUUAUUAGAACUGACAUCCAUUCCUUUUGCAACGUGUUAGCCAGCUAAUGUUAGCUGUCUUACAUAAAGCCCUUGGUGUUUCAUGUCCUCUGUGGUCUGUGUGCUGCGUUCUUUCAUAUCCCGUGAUUAGUGUGUAGGCGUUUCUGGCUAAGACUCGGUCUUGGAUGCUUAAAUAUUAUCCAACAAACGUUUAUCCGUUGCCACCUUAAACUAUCAUCGACCGAUAACGUUAGAUUGUUACAAUAUUAAUAUUAAACGUUAGCAUGCCAUAUAGCUAGGGUGUGUAUAGCAUUAGCAAACGUUAAAUACGUAUUUUUAGCAAAAAGGUGUUUUUACAUUUUUUAUAAAAUUAUUAUUUGUCAUUUCGAUUUGCAGAUUUAUCCUGGUGGAAAAGUAUAAAAAUGUAUAGUCCUAAAGAGCUUGAAGGAGAAGUGGAUCAUUCUUUCUUUGACAGUGAUUGUGAAGAACAUGGCAAAGAGAGGGGCGAUAACGCCGCUGUCAGUGGUAGGAACACUGAAGUCCGGGCGCAGGUGGAGGUUGUAGUGUCGAGAGAGGGAAACUGUCUGUCAAAUGAAGCUCAGUCAAAAGAAGCCAAGGGCGACUGCUCUGUGGAGGAGGACCGUAGUCGACCGUCCAGCACUUCUUCCCUGCUUUCUUUUGAAGAACAAUCGGAAGCAGACGAUGAGUUGGACAAGAAUCGCAGCACCCAUGUUCAGAUCACAACCAAAAUUCCCUCCGGCCUUUCGGCUGAGGAGAACGGGAAGGACAACGAUGAGGAUGAUGACGAAGAUGGAUACAAAAGGAGCGACGAAGACACAGAAGAGGAGCCGGAUCAGAAACCACCAAAGAGUAAAGUUGCAAACCACUGCCUACCGAAGAAGUCCAGCGGGAAGUUUAGGAGCGGAAAGCACAGCCCCGGCUCCUCGUCUAAAUCCGACAGUUCUUACACCAGCCCGGAGGACAGCUCCGCCUCAGAGUCCUCUCCCCAGAGAAAGCGUGCCUGCUCACCUCCGUACCGAGCCAAACUGGGCGCGCUCGCCCGGAGAGAGAAGCUCAGACUCCCUCCAGAGGAGUCGGAGGACACGGUGACAGAUGUGACCCCGCUGUCGACCCCGGACAUAAGCCCCGUCCAGUCCUUCGAGCUGGCAUUGAGAAAGGAGGGCGAGAGGGAACGAGUGAUUGUCAGACAGCAGAAUGUUCUUGGCGGACUUGCUGCGGACGACGUGGGCUCUGUUUCAGAAGCUUUUCUGAGCGUCAGCCAGCAGCUGGAGCGGGAGCUGGUGCUAGAGACUUCCGGAAGGAGGCCCCGGAAGAACUUCUCCUUCAGCAACGACGAGGUGGCGCGCAUUGACCGGGAGAACCAGCGCCUCCUGCGGGAGCUGACCCGGCGCAGCCCCCGAAGCCCCCGGCCCCGGAGCACGCCCCUGAAGAAGCCCAGCAGCCCGCCGGUGCGGAUGUGCCACAGCGCCCUCAACAGGCAGCGCGAGCAGCUGCGCAUCGAGCGCGAGAACGUGGCCUUCCUGAAGAGGCUGGAAUCUGCCAAGCCGACCCCAGGCAUGAAGAGGGCAGAGCAGCUGUCAGACUACCAGCGCCAGGCCCGGUACCUGGGAGCCACCUCCCCUUCCAAACUGGAGCGCACUGGGUCCAGCAGGAGCUCAGCAGGGAAGAGCAGCAGGGUUUCCAGUGCCUCCAGUCUGCACAGAGCUAGACCAGCAUCCAGCGUGUCCACUGCUGUUUCCAAGGCUAGCAGGACCGCCUGGCCCUGAGUGUGUGUGUGUGUGUGUGUGUGUGUGUGUGUGUGCGGCGGACCAGCGUCAAAUACGUAAUUGUUAUGGAUUCAAAUACUUUUCUGUGCUCGAUUGAUCUUGCCUGGUGCAAUUGAGCCACCAACCAAGAGGACCACAAGGCAGGGUUUGCACUUUUUUUUUUUCAUAGUAUUUCAUAGAUUCUAAUAUUUGAGUAGAAAACAAUUAUGUAUUUGACCCAGAUCUGGUAUGUGUAUGUGGGGGGCUAAUAUACAGCUUGGGGCUCAUUCAAACUGCAACUGUUCCUCAGUCCAGGUCGUGGAGGGUCGCAAGUCCCACAGCUUCAGUGCACCCUGCGAUCCACUGACCGUGCUCUUUACAUUACAAUCAGCGCGACUGCUCGCCCUCCGGACAGGACAGUGAGACGGCGUGACUAUAGCAUUCCAGGUCCAGAAUCAGGGACCCUCCUAAAGCGGUGUAUGUUGUGCAGUCAGUGCGGUGCUUCCGUAAUGUGGAUUAAACAGCGUCUUUAAGAAUCUGCUAAGGCAAUGAAAGCUCGACUUAAGUGGCAGGUGUUCAACAUUGCUAAUUUUUUUUUGUUGUAUCAAUAAGCCAGUGAACCCAGUCAUGGACUGUACUUUGGAUCUUAUACACGUCAGAACAGAGAAAUUGAACUUUGUUUAAAGAUUUAAAUAUUUAUAUAUAUAAAUAUAUAUUUGAUAUUGUGGCCCGUGCAUUGCUAUGUUUGCCAAUAAAGCUGCUUGUUACAAAA